CCAACACUGGGAUUAGCAGCAGAAAUUCUGACUGGGCAACCAAAUCUGCGGGACAAUACCGACAUCGCCCUGCCUUCCGUAAGAAACACCGACUGAGUCCCGAUGUUCAGUCCGCUGAGCACCUUGAAGACUUUGAUGAGGACCACAGUGCGGGUGAUUUUCAAGAAGUUACAUUGGAACUCUCACAACCCCUUGUUCUCAGGAAAGCAUACGCACAGAAGAGAAUCAAUAUUGGAAAGAUGGCUGAAACCGUACGUCAUUUCGAAGAGCCAAGGACGGAAGCUUAUCACAAGUGGAACUUCGUAUUUUUAUUUAAUGUUCUGCCAGUCUGACCAGAUAUACAAGAGAAAAACGUGUUUGAACAAAGAAAAGAAAGCACUUCAAGAACACAAAGAGUCCACAGAAGAUGGAGACACGAAAGCACUUAAAAGCACGCCAGAUUGGAGCGAAACUGCCAAGACUGGGGACCAUCUGUGGGUACCGACCAGUGCCUCCGGUGACCUUUGUUAUGUUGGUGAAAACGACUGCUAUAAACAGGGACCCAGGAUGAAAUGCCCUGCUUGCAAAGUAACUGCUCAUACUGGUUGUAUUAAAGUUCUACCAGAAAAGAACUUGCAGUGCAAGCCCACGUUCAAGGAUGUUGGAAUUCGACAGUACCGCGAGCAAACUGUAAUUUUUCAUCAUUGGGUCCAUCGUCGUCAGCAGAAAGGCAGAUGUCAACAGUGUGGCAAGUCAUUUCAGUCGAAGUUAUCUUUUGGGAGCAAGGAAAUUGUGGCCAUUAGCUGCUCUUGGUGCAAGUUGGCCUACCACAACAAAGACUCCUGCUUCACUUUCCAAAAAUUACAAGAACACUGUACUCUCGGAAUGCACGCGGAUAUAAUUGUGCCUCCAACGUGGAUUGUAAAACUUCCAAAAAAGGGAUCUUUCAAGUCCUCAUUGCGCAGGUCCCCAAGAAGACGUUCAUCUACAAAAAAGAAACUGAAAAAAGAGGGUGAUAAGGAACAAACAAAAACAUUUGCAAUUAAACCCAUCCCAUCUGCCACAUCUAAGCCACUACUAGUUUUUUUAAACCCAAAGAGUGGUGGCAACCAAGGUGCUAAGCUGAUGCAGAAGUUUCAAUGGUUGUUGAACCCUCGACAAGUGUUUGAUCUAACUCAAGGAGGACCAUCUCCUGGUCUAGAGCUUUACAGAAAGGUACCUAACCUGAGAGUAUUGGCUUGUGGGGGUGAUGGCACAGCUGGCUGGGUGUUGUCCACAUUAGACGAAAUUGGUAUCUCACCUCCUCCUCCCGUUUCUGUUUUACCCUUAGGUACAGGAAAUGAUCUAGCCAGAGCUUUAGGGUGGGGUGGAGGCUACACAGAUGAACCAGUAUCCAAGAUCCUUUCUAACGUUCAGGCUGGGGAUAUAGUUCAGUUAGACAGGUGGGAUCUUCACAUAAAAAAAAAUCCUGAUGUAGAUCUUUCUACUUGUGAAGAAGGCAAAGAAAAUCUUCCUUUAAAUGUAAUUAAUAAUUACUUCUCUCUUGGGGUGGAUGCUCACAUUGCCCUUGAGUUUCAUGAAGCCAGGGAAGCACAUCCAGAAAAGUUCAACAGUCGUCUAAAGAAUAAGAUGUUUUAUGGACAAGCUGGAGGAAAGGAUUUGUUGCAAAGAAAAUGGAGAGAUCUUUGCAAUUUUGUUACACUUGAGUGUGAUGGUCAAGAUAUGACACCCAGAUUGAAAGAGCUACGUAUUCAUGCUAUUCUCUUUCUUAAUAUUCCAAGCUAUGGAGGUGGAACAAGACCUUGGUCAUACCCAGGAGCAGGUUUUGAACAUCAGAGAACAGAUGAUGGAAUAAUAGAAGUGAUUGGUUUAACCACUUAUCAGUUGCCAUUACUACAAGCAGGUGGUCAUGGCACUUGUCUUGCCCAGUGUCGAGCAGCACGGAUGGUCACCAAUCGUACAAUUCCUGUGCAGGUGGAUGGGGAACCAUGCAAACUCUUGCCAUCAGUUAUUGAACUUCAACUUCGCAACAAGGCAAACAUGGUUGCUCGGGCUAGGAGACAAGGUGUGGUGCAGUCCAUGCCAACUGUAGAAAAAUUAACCACAGAAGUCAAGAAGCUGAAUAUGAUUGACUAUGAAACCUAUCAUUAUGAUAAAGAGAAGCUUCGAGAAGUGUCAAUGCCACUUGGAUCUCUCUGUGUUGAUCGUGACAGUGAUUUGGAACAAGUACGUUAUCACAUUAAUCAGCUUCUAGAGGACAAAUUCAGUGAUCCUGUAUCUCCUGACAUUCCCUCACAAGACUGGUGUUUUCUUGACUCAUGUACUGCUGAAAGAUUCUUUCGGAUUGACCAUGCUCAAGAACAUCUGCAUUAUGUAUCUGACAUUUCUUGUGAUGACUUGUUUAUUCUCGACCCAGAAGCUUACUCUGCUAUAGACUUGAGCAGCCGAGUCGUGACUGAGUGCCUUCAAAAUAACUGUCCUAACAUAGUAGUUGCAGUUAAAGCUUGUGAUGAAGAUACUGAUGCAGUAGUGAGGAAUUCAGUUAGCAAGGCACUUAAUCCAAGAAAUGUUACAAAAGGAUUAGCAGAAGACAUACUUUCUGCUGUCAAAAAUUUUGACCUUAUGAAGCUGAAGGAGUUACAUCAGAGUGGCUACAGUCUUCAGACUGUAGAUGAAAAAGGAAUGACUGCAUUACAUUAUGCUGCUCAACUGGGACUGAGAGAUAUUGUGAGUUAUUUAAUUGCCUCAGGCCCUUCUUCCAUGCUGGACAUGGUAGACUAUGAAAAGGGCCAGACAGCUCUCCACAUGGCAGCAGUCAACAAACAUCAUGACAUCUGUUGUAUGUUAGUGUCAGCUGGUGCAUCCCAAUACAAGAUGGAAAAGCAGGGAAUGACCCCUAGUCAAUUGGCAAGGAGUGUGGGUUAUGAAGAAUUAGCACUUUACCUUGACAAUUCUGAGAGCUUUUAUUCACGAGCAGAGGAGAAAGAAACAGAAGUUUGAAAACUCUCACUGAAAGCCAGGUAUAAAUCCAUUUGUCCUGACGGUACUUGAAAUCCUAAAUUUGGAACCACUGUUCUGCACACUACUGAGAGUGGUUUCUACAAAGUUCUCAAUCCACUUGUGUGUUGGUGUUAGAGAUCAGUUCUUGCUUAAAGUUGUAAUUUGCAAGAUAGAGGAAUAUUAAGUUUGUCUUAAAUGAUGGCAUGUGGUAAACUGAAUUUUGAAAACUUUAAAGACCACUUUACCUAACUUAUUAUGCUUAGUGUUUUCAAUUAUUGUUUACAUGUAAGAUCAUGCACCUCUUCGCAAGUUUAUAAAUAUUAUCAAUUUUUCACAUAUAAUAUUGUUUGUGGGUUCACAAUUUAUACUAAACAUUUUUUAAGAAUCCAGUUGUUCUAAUUAUACAUGCAAAUUUUUCCCUGAGAUUAAUCAAUUCUAAGCAUCCUUUUGAAGUAUCGCCAGGUUAUUGUUUUAUUGGAAUUUGAAUAUAAAAUGGUGGAAGAUUAUCAAUUGUUUUUCCAGUUAUUUCUUAACUUUGAAGUAGCUUAAAAAUAAUAUCAGUACAUUAAUUCUUGUUGUCUUUGAAAGUUUAAAACUGUUGUCAAGCCUUUCUGUGGUUUUGUUCAAAACAUACUAUAAAUGUGAUUUUUGGAUUUUUUUUUAAUAUCUCUCUAGGGAUAAUUUUUUAUUAAAUCUUAUGACAAAAUAUAUUAAUCAUCAUUGUGCAUACGUAUACCAUCAAAUAGUAUUUACAAGAAAUGUGGAUCUUUUCUUGAAUCUGUUGACAUCUUUCUUUACACAGAAAGAAAAAUUAACACUUAAAUAGUUUAAAAUUUCUAGUACAAAAAUAUUAGACUUAAUUACCCAAAAUAUAAAUUUUAGAAAAACUAAUAGGGGUUGUGAAAAUAUUUGACAUUUUUAAUAAUAAUGGUACUGAAUACUGGUUAAGGUUAAAAGUAAACAUUUCCAGAUAGAUAACAGUAUUUUUUGUUUUUUUUUAGUAUUAAUAUCUUUAUUUGAUGCAUUGCUGGUGAUAUUAAGUUAGAUAAGAUUCUAUGACUAAAAUAGUUCUUUGAUGCAUGCAAAUACAUUUGUCCUCAACAUACAUGAAGCUAGAAUGCCUUCACUCCAUAAAACUAGAAUGGAGAACUAGGUAAUGAAGGGAGCCUUUUCCUAAAACUAACUGUACCUAUUUCCCUCAGUUUUCAAAGAAAAACAGAUAAUGACAUUGGGCAAGUUUCAGUAGGAAAAAAAUUUGAAACAAUUAGAGAUCCAUAUCAUACUUAUUUUCAUGGUGAAAAAAAUGGAUUGGAAUUAUAUGAAAUAAGUAUUGCUUUCCACAUGCUUUAAAUCACUGAAGAAUUUAAUCUUUUUGACUUUUAAGAAUCUUGAGAUGAUCAUUCAUUUCUAGCUCUCAUUCAAUCUACCUGUCAAAGCCAUUGCUGGCAUUUGAUGCAUUCAUAUUUUCUAACCAAUUUGAUAUUAUUAUAGACAAAAAUGUGAUAAUGAUCAUAAAAAUUUAUAUUAAUUAAACAUUUCCUAGAGUCUGUUCCAAAAUGUAAGCAAUUUUCUUCAUCACCAUUACAAAAAAAACUAUAUACACUUAUAUUUUAUUAUUGAGCACAUAAGGUUUUGAAUUCUUAUAAUUUGCUUCUAUAUUUAAUAAAAAGAAUACUAUCUGUGAAAACAUAUUUAUGUAAUUGUAGCAUUUAUUUCUAAGCGCUGUCAUUUAACCAUUUAGGUAUGGUUAUAAAAGACCCACAUUAAAAACAUAUUUCUAUAUAUAGUAAUGUCACUAACUCACAAGUUUUAUAAAUUAACAGUAACAUUAUAGUUAAAAAUUGUAGAAAUUCCUACAUCACUGAGGUGGUCAUAAUAUUAGGUUUGUUAGAAAUGUAAAAAAAAAACAUAUUUUGUGCUUUUCAAAAUCAUAAUAGUAUAUUCAUACUUUUAUUUAUUUGUAUGAUUUCAAAGUACUACAGUACAGAUUAAUGUUAAUCCAUAUUUUCUGAUGUUUUGAUAACAAAAAAGUCUGUAGAUGGACUAGAGAUAUUUGCAGUGAAUUUGUCAUUAAAAAUAUCUAUUGAAUGUUUUAUAGAAGAGAAAGAGUUGGUGAGGAUUUUCUAAAACAAUGAGGAGUACCUUAUUAAAAUGUAGUUUCUUCGAAACCAUUGAUGACAAAGUUUUUAAAUGUUGUAUAUGGUAUUUUUCCUAUUCAUGAGCAAGCUACUUAAACCAUUGUAGAUUGAUCUCAUGUAUGAAACAUUCCUUUUGUCACUAAACACAAAGAUAAUUCAAUAGUUUACAAAAAUCAGUUUAUUAAUUUUAGUUUGGUAUGACAGAAAUGUCUUAAAGAUCCGUAGAAAAUCCACACUCUGGAAAAACAGUAGAUCUUCAUCAUUAAUUUCAUGUUAUAUAAUCAGUGAAGGGCAGCUAAAAUAAUAGGAAAAGAUUAUAAAAAAGCAUAAAAUUUAGUUACAUAAUUGUCUGUCACAGUGUGAUUUCAAAGUAGAAACUGAGGUUUGGAAAGGAUAAAAAAAACAAUCUGUGCUGUUAUUUGUAAUAUUGAAAAAUUCUACAUGAUGUUAUACAAUGAUAGGUGAGAUUUAUUGUAGUAAUUGAUGUUAUUUUAUAUAGGCCUGAAAAGUGUUGUAAAGAAAAUUGGAUAAUUACAUGGUUUAAUGCUCAAGUUAUUAUUCAGGACUUGUAAUAAUAUCAACAAACUUAACAGGUUCAAGAAGUGUUUGUUUGGCUGCUUUUGUAUUUUAAAAAAGAGGUACCGUAUACAAAGGGACCAAUUUUUGUCACAGAAAACUAUGUUCUUAUAUUCGUUGAUGGUUCACUUUGUCUCAUUUAUUCAGUAUGAUACAGAGAAUUUUUGUCUACUAUAACCUGAAAGAUCAAAAUAUUUCAUACUCUGUUAAAACAAAAAAAGAAAUAACAUUGAACUAUUAAUCAACAUUGAAAAAUAUUUGUACGUUAUAUUACUUUAUCUGUAUGAAAGUUAAUU